GUGUCGCGCUCAGCUCCUCCUCCGCCAUGCAGCCUCUGCUCUAACGCGUCUGCCGCACACCGCGCACUGUCUCCGCUUCUCUCCGCGCGCAUAGGGAUGGAGGACAUUAAGGAGUCCCCGGUGGUGCCCCGUUCUUCGUCCUUCAGCAUCAAGAGCCUGCUGCUCCCCUGCAGGAGCGAGUCCUCCCCAGGCUGCGAAUCGGACAAGAGCCCCGAGCCUCCAGAGGCAGACCCCGCGGCCAGCGCCGCAGAGCCGGACCGAACUGAGCCCGAGCCCGGGGACGAGGACGAGGACACCGGCGUAGCCAAGGCAUCAGAGCACCCAGCCAGCGGCACCGGCGCCAAGAACGGGAAAUAUGACAAACCCCCGUUUAGCUACAACGCGCUCAUCAUGAUGGCCAUCCGCCAGAGCCCCGAGAAGCGCCUCACGCUCAACGGCAUCUACGAGUUCAUCAUGAAGAACUUCCCGUACUACCGCGAGCACAAGCAGGGCUGGCAGAACUCCAUCCGCCACAACCUCAGCCUCAACAAGUGCUUCGUUAAAGUGCCGCGCCACUACGACGACCCGGGGAAGGGGAACUACUGGAUGCUGGACCCGAGUAGCGACGACGUGUUCAUCGGCGGCACCACGGGGAAACUGCGGCGGCGCUCCGCCACUUCCCGGGGCAAACUGGCCAUGAAGCGGGGACUGCGCUUUGCUCCGCUGGGACUGGGGCUGAACGAACGGCCCAACAAUCCUUUGUAUUGGCAGCUCUCGCCCUUCCUCUCCCUGCACCAUCACCCGCACUACAACGGUUCUUCACCAGGCUUCCUCAACCAAGCUGCGGGCUACGGGUCACUGCUUCCCGCAGUGGAACAGUUAGGGAACGGAGACCUGAGCCGCUCUUUGCCUCUAGGUUUAACGAACACUUACGGCAUGAGCACAUCCCCGGUAGGACUGCUUUCGGGACAGACGGGAUACUUUGUCUCAGGGAGUGGGCACGCCGGUGCCCCGGGACCUCCGGGUGGAGGGGGCCAUCCGCCUCCGCCGUCCCACCUCCAGCAGAGCGGCCCGGGCUUUGGCUUGAGCAGCGGAGCCGCCCCGCAGUCUCUGCUCUCGGACUCUCUGAGGAACAGCUCGCUGCCUCCCUUCAGUCCCGCCGUGUCCUCCGGUUUCCCCGGAGUCCUGUCCCACCAGAAGAGGGUCACUCCAAACGCCUUCCUAAACUGACCGUACCGUCUGUGUGCUCGCGCACUGACGCAUGGAGAUGUGCCAGGCUGAUGAUCAAACUGCAGUGGAACUUUGACAGUGUUUUUGCCCCGGGGCCCCGGCGGAGCGGGCCUGGAUCGUUAUGAGUAAAAGGGAUGACGUUACCGCGGGCUGUUGGACUGUACUAGACUUGCCAAAGGUAGCCUCAGUCUAAAAUAUUCAUCUGUUAUUUAUAUCUGUACAGAAGCGGAUUCUUCCUUCAGACUAUUUAUGUUUGUAUUUAUUGUACAUGUUUUGAAAUUCUAUUGGUCCUUCUGAGCAAAGACAGGCGGCAGACACCAGCGAACAGACAAUCCCUCCUCUUCACACGGAGGACACAUGGAAAAGCCUUAACGCGCAGACAAUCAGGGUGUGUGAAGAACCAUAGCCUCUGACCAUAUCUGUUCUCAGGUCCGGCCCGUGCAGCGCUGGUAG